CAAUAAAGUCGAAUCAAAUAAAUCAAUAUAUGUGGAACACUCUGUAACUGUAUGCAGCACGUGUAUGUGGUCGUCUGGUGGGAGGGGCUAAGAACAGAGCGGCUCCAGACUUCUGCCUCCUCAGCUCUAGACGCAAGGUAAGCUGCACAAACUGCAGUGAGGUGAGAGUAAGAUUUGAGUUCACCUCCUUCAGAGAUCAGUGUUCCUCCACCACCUCUCCAGCGGUGUCAUGCUGCUGCUGCUGUUGUCAUGUCCUCACCGUGUCCAUGUGUCUGUCUGACCGAGACACGUGAUGACACACAUACGAACAUGCAAUGAUCCUGCUGCCACCGGCCUCAUGCUGCCCUGCACACGGUCACGUUUCCCCCUCAUCCCCGGCCCGUAUUGAUUGACAUGUGCAGAGGGACGGCAGGCUGGCGUGCCAGGUUAUCGGCAGGACGAUUGACGACAACAGCCUCUCACUUCCCGGAAGCUGACAUGUAAACCGGUGACACACUCGGUCUUCCGCUGCGAGCGGCGGGACGCUGGCACCUCGUUCUGAUCUCGUCAUGAACAGGCCUGUUGUUGGCAGCUCACCCACCAGCCUGUUACCUUGGAUGGCUCGUGAACAACACUGAGAGACAGAGAGAGGUCUGUCUGCACCGUGCGCUCCGGCUCAUUCUCUCAUCCAACUGCCGGCGUUCAGACACAGCGGAGAGGAAGUUGUCGGAUGAGGACAUGCUGCAGCCUCGGUUGAAUGGGCAGAUUUCUCAGGUGAAACCAUGCGGCUGUGUGGUGCUCCCUAGCCUCCCCUGUCCCUCGCCUCCCACCUGAUCUCCUCUCCUCCUCCACCCCCCUCUUCCUCCUCUGUCCUCCUGCUCACCAUGACGACCCCCCUGGAGAUGCUGCUGGCUCAGCCCAACCAGGAGCUGAGCCACGAACGGCUGGAUGGCUGCGAGGACAUCGCCGGGCGCUACAAGGUGGUGCCCUCCGUGGUCUGCUCCAUGUGCUGCCUCUUCGGCAUCAUUUACUGCUUCUUCGGCUAUCGCUGCUUCAAAGCGGUGAUGUUCCUGACGGGCCUGAUGUUCGGCUCCGUCGUCAUCUUUAUGCUCUGCUACAAGGAGCGCGUUCUGGACACCCAGCUGAGCGUGGAGGCCUCGGUGGGCAUCGGCCUCGGCAUCGGCACGCUCUGCGGCCUGGUCACCAUGCUGGUUCGCAGCGUGGGCCUCUUCAUGGUGGGCCUGCUGCUGGGCCUGCUGGUAGCCGUGGCCACCCUGGUGGGCAUGGAGGAGCUUUCCAACAGCCCGCCGCGCUCCGUCUGGGUGCCCCUGGGCGUGCUGCUUGGCCUGGGCAUGCUGUUCGCCGUGCUCACCCUGCAGUGGCAGCGUCUCUUUACCACGCUGUCCACGGCGGUGUUCGGCGCAGCGGUCAUCACUGUGGCGUUAGACUACUUCGUGGAGCUCUUCGCCCUCGUGCUGUACAUGUAUGAGCGGAUGAAAGCGGUGCCUGGGAAGCCUGUGUGCUGGCUGACGUGGGUGGUGCUCGGGGUGUGGCCUGCCCUCACCCUGCUGGGUGUCAUGGUCCAGUGGAAGGUGACUGCUGAAGGAUACUCCCAUACCAAGGUGAUCAUCAGCCGGCAGCAGAGGAGGAUGCAGGUGAUGCGGAUUCGUCAGCGGGACGAUCGCUAUCGCAACAAGAAGAAGAAGAAGCAGCAGCACGGCUCCUCCCACCAUCACCACCAGGCCAAGCAGCUUCACACUGAGCCCGCCUACCGCCGCAAACCCAACCCUAUCCGCCGCUACGACACGGACGUCCUCUCACCAAGCUACAUCCAGAGUUUCCGAGACCGGCAGGUCCAGGCGCAGCCCAUCCCGAGCCGGCUGGUCGGCGGCCCCCACACCGUGGUGGACGUUGGCUACGACUGCGGCUCCACGACGCCCCUCACCGGAGCUGCGGCCCCUGCGUUGCGUGUCUGAACACUCCUUCACCUCCCAGAGGCCUGAACACACCACGCCACCUGAGAGAUGCGUGACUCUGCAAUCACUACUCCACCUGGGUGGAACCACACCUGUGCUAGAACAAAACGCCACUGGGUUUCAAUGCAAAGGGUUUAAACAUAAUCUGGGUUCAGCCACGCCCCUAAGAGGAUGAAAUAUAUCUAGGGCUGGAUUUACCCACAAUGCAAAUCACGUUUAACCCUUUUACUAAUUAAAUUUUGGAUCAUAAGGCUCCGUCAGUGUGGUGCAGAGGCUCGACCUCUUUUCACUGUCUUUCAAAUGCACAAACACAUGCACGCACUCACACAAACACACACUGCAGCUACAAUCUCCAGGGUCGACGUGGAAACCCAGAGCAGCCCGCUGUACCCGACCCCGGCCUGUUUGUCACCGUCUCCAGUCAAACCACAUCAGGGAUCUCAGUUUCAGCGCAAACCCGCCUCAGGUUCAAACCCAAAAAUCAAAAUCAACCCUGGUUUCUACCGCUGCCGCCGAUUUUCAACUCAUGGUGCAGAAGGAACUCGUUCCUCAGCCUGUAGGCAUCUUAAAAGUCCAACAAAGAUCAUCUCUAAAGGGAAGUAAGGGCCCUUAAAUGCAAGCCGGGAUCUUUUAUUUCUUUCUGUGCCAUGCGGACUACAACAACCGUCCCUGAAACGGGGAGAGACGUCUUUAAUGUUUAAAGGGGGGAACCCUUCGUCACCCUUGGUGCUGGACGAUCUUCAAGCGUCAAACUGCUCUCUGACGGCCGGGGAAUCUGUUUAAAUGGGUGCCUUGCCCCUCUGUGGACUGUACCACUCAGCAACAGGAGGGGGGUUACUGGCAGAUCUCCCAUCGAUGGCUUGUUUUUGCAUUAAAUGUGAUCACAGAAGGAUUUCUCAGCCAUGGAGCUACAACAAGCAGGGUAAAAAAAAAAGAUCUUGUUGGAGUGGAGUUGGCUUCUUGUCUUAACAGAUGCCUGGACAUACGAGGAGGAUUUGCUUUAAGCCGACAGCAAGAGAGCCGCGUUUACACUGGCACCUCAUCUGAGGUUUCACACAACGCAGAAAAAAGGAAACAACAAUCUGAUUAUUUAACAACCUGAGUGUCGUCCCUGCUGCAGCGCAAACUGUUCGUCCUCCAAGAGAUUAUUUAUGCUGCUGAGCCGAGAAGUGAUAGUGAAAGUUAUGUUUCACUUUCUUCCUGUUUCCUGCUGCGGAGCAAUCAAAAUCUGAGCCGUUAUAAAACGAGCAGAAGAAGCAGGUGAAAGUUUAAAAUCUUCUCCGGGAUGAUCAGAUUUGUACGGAGCCCCUGAAGUCCCAGAAGAUUAAAUUUUUAAUUCUGAGCUCACAAGAUAUUUGGCUUGUUAAAGUUAAAGUUUUAAAAUGUUGAUAUCUUGUGCAUACAAAGUAAUGACUUGUUCCCUCAAGGUAAAAACUUGUGUGCUCAAUGUAACUUGUUCCCACAGCAUAAAAGUUAUUAUCGAGUGGGAACAAGUUAUUAUCUUCAGGAAAAGUGUGUACAAGAUAACUUGUUCCCACUCGAUAAUAACUUUUAUGCUGUGGGAACAAGUUAUCAUCAUGUGGGGAAAAAGUUUUAUUGUGUGCAUUUGUUCCCACAAGAUAAUAACUUGUUCACAAAACAUAAGUUAUUCAGUGGGAAUACGAUAUUAUCUUGAGGGAACAAGUGCACACAAUAAAACUUUCCCCCCACAUGAUGAUAACUUGUUCCCACAACAUAAAAGUUAUUAUCUAGUGGGAACAACUAAGUAAGUAAGUUAUUAUUGAGGGAACAGUGCGCACAAGAUAACUUGUAACAUGGUAAUAACUUUUAACCCACAAGGUAAUAAUUUGUGCACACAAGAUGAACGUUAAUAUCAAGUGGGAACAAGUUAUUACCUUCAGGAAAAAAUGCAAGAUAACUCGUUCCCACAAGAAAAUAACUUUUUCCGCAAGAUAAAAGUUAUUUUCUUGUGGGAACAAGUGAUAACUUGUUCCCACAUGAUAACAAUUUGUUCUCUCAAGAUAAUAACUUUUCCCACAAGAUAAAAGUUAUUAUCUUGUGCACACAAGAUAACUUGUUCCCACAAGAUAAUUACUUGUUCCCACGAGAUAGUAAUUUGUUCCUACAAGACAAUUGCUGGUUCCCACAAGAUAAUUACUUUUUCCUUUAAAAUAAUAACUUGUGCACAAGAUGAGUUGUUCUCACAAGAUAAUAACUUGCGCGCAUGAGAUGACUUGUUCUUGCGAUAUAACUUGUUCCCACAACAUUAAGUUAUUCCUAGUGGGAACAAGUGCGUGCAAGAUAGCUUGUUCCCACAAGAUAAUCAUUUUCCCAUAUAAUAAAAGUUACUAUCUUGUGUGCACAAGAUAACUUGUUCCCACACAAUAAUAACAUGUAUGCACAAGGUAAUAACUUGUUCCCUCAAAUAAUCACAUGUUCCCUCAGAGUGAUAGCUUGUUUUUACAAGAUAGUUAUUGGUUCAUACAAGAUAAAGGUCAUCUUGUGCUUUAAAGACGAACUGUUCCCACAUAUUAGUAACUUGUUCCCUCGAGAUAAUAACUUGUGUGUACAAGAUAAAAGUUAAAAUCUAGAGAGAACAAGUUGUUAUCUUGAGGGAACAAGUGUGUACAUGAUGACUUGUUCCCACAUGAUAAUAACUUGAGGAACUUCUGGGGCUCUGUAGAUGUGUGUAAUCAAAAUGCUAAUAGUUUAUUGAUAUUAAAACAGUGACUCCAGGCUGAGACGUCAGUGUAAACAAGGCUCGGAGCGUGCGGAUGAAAGACUCGGACUCGUGGCCAUACCAACUUGUACUUAGACCAACAACUUCUUCCAUUAUGUGCAUUGAUUUUCUUUCUUUGGGACGACAUAACGUUUCUGUCACCAGUGAAAAUGUGAAUACUUUGUUACUGUCUUUACCUUUUUUAAAGGAAAAGCAAACAAAUGUGCGGGGGGGUGGGGGCAGGGGGGGAAUGUAUGUUUUUAUUCAUCCGUUGGAAACGGACAAUGCAUGAUCUCACCCCUCCGUCCCGUCCCGUCCCCACUCCGCCCUGCGUGGCUUCGUUUUGGCUCCCAUCAAACACCCUCCGCCCCUUCCAUGUGCAUCGAUGUGAAAUUUGUACAUAAAACACAGCACUUAUUAACUUUCUUUCUUUUCUUAUUUUUACCAUUUUAUCAUUUCAUUUAAACUGUUUUUUUUUCUUUUUCUUAGGACUCUAAUUUAAUUGUUCUUUUCCAGUGGGAUGUAUUUAUUUGCUGAUUUAUUUAUUUCUGGAGCUGUUGCGUAAAGGAGAGUGCAAUGUCAUCACUGUAGGCCAGUAACUCCAUGCUUUUUUUAAAAGAUUGAAUUAUGACUAUGAUUAUUAAAGCAUGUGUUCCUAUGGGCCUGUACACCAUCCAUCUGUGUGAGUCGUCUGUUCGCUCAAGGACAUGCAGACAUCAAGCAGCUGAAACAUGAAAUACACUUUACUUUUAUUAGCAAAUAAUAUUUGAAAAUCACAAGAGAAUAUCCCUCCUUCUCCUCCUCCUCCUCCUCCUCCUCCUCUCUACCUCACACAGCCUCCUAUCUCUGCCUUCAUCUCCAGACACCCUGUAAUCUCCCCCUCCAUCUCCUCCUUGUUAUCUGUCCUCUCUGCGUCCCCUCACUGAUAAGCACUCGCACAUACAGUUCACUUCAUCCUCCUCAGAGCUCCUGAUUGCACAAAAAAGUGACUCUGACCUU